AUGUCAACCAGUCCUCCAGCUACUGAAAUAACGGAGCAGCACCAACACCAAAAAGCACCGGAGCAGCAGCAGGAACUGGAACACGAUUAUGAACACGGCCUGGCGAUUGACCAGGAGUAUGAAGUGGAGCACGAGCCUCAGCGACAGGAGCAUCAACAGCAUCAGCUGCAAAGAACAGAACUGCCCCGGCAGCAGCAGUCUGCGGGACAUCCUUCAAGGUGCGGAGAAACAGCUACAAUGCCGCUGUCUUCGCCCGCAGACUCAUCAGUAUCGUGGCAUCCAUCCUCAACAGGGUCUGUAACAAGAGGCUCAGUUUACGGUGGCCCAAGCCGCGAUCAACUAGACAGUCUCCUUGACGUCUUCUUCAAGUUCAUCUAUCCGAUGCCAUCAUACGCAUUUCUACAUCCAGAAACCACCAGGAUAAGGUGCCAUUCGCAUGACGUGCAUCGUGCCCUUCCUGCUUCUAUUUGCGCGAUUGCAAUGCUGUACCUGCGCAGAGAAGUCGAUCUCGAGCUUGAUCAUCAACAAGACUCGAGUCGAAGAGCGGUCAACCACAUCGUUGCCUCUACUGAGGAUACGGGUGCGUGGAUCAGGAUGGCCGAGGAGAGCAUAUGGAGAAGUCUCGAAUCGCCUAGUAUAACCAAACUUCAGGCGCUUCUCCUCGUAAUUCACUAUUACAUAGAGACGGAGCUUUUUCAAAGGGCAUUCAUGCUGACAGCCACGGCUGCUCGCUUCGCCACGACUAUGCGACUCAAUUACGAGAGACAUGACCUUCAGCCAGUUGCGCGAGAAGUACGACGCCGCACUCUCUGGUCUCUAAAGAUGGUCGAGCGCUAUUUCUCGAUUGGCCUUGCCGAGUUUGACUCGUUGCCAAUGGAGGUCAUCUACAUUGACGUUCCGCGCAGCGAGGAACACUUCAUGGCAAUGACCAGUGGUCACGAAAUUGAUGUUACUGCAAAGGAACAAGCCGACGGCGAGUACCAAAACUGCCGUGGUGAGGGGGGCACCUACGGGCUUGUUAUGCAGCUGGAAGCAAUUCGAAGUGAUGUAAUGAAGCUUUCUAGGAAAAUUGCGCUGCUAGAAACGCCGUUGUGUAAUCUCACAGACCUCUUCAGCCACCACUUACAAACACUAGCAUGCAUGGAGAAACCAGCACCGAUCCUGGAAGCUCUCUUAAGCGUGGAUGGAGCAUUUGAGUCUCCUGGCAGCAGUUGUAACGGAAACGGGUCUAUCUCCCGAUGGCUCCCUCGUCUAUUGCUGGCCCACAUCUCAUGGCACCAGGCACACUGCGAUAUCAACCGCAUCCUUUUGCCUGGGUACUCGGAGGCUGCCCCCGCUGCCGUGCUCGUUGGCCAUGACUACCAGGCCCUCCUUGCUGCUGAGGCUCAAUGUUUGCAUCACGCAACGCGAAUUAUCUACAUACUUACCGCAUUCAACCAGCAUAGCACGCAACAUCACCUCCUUGAAUUCGACACAGCUAUUUGUGCUUACCAUGCCACCCGUCUUAUCCUCUUCAUCUCUCGAUGCGGUCGCGGCCUUGCUCGGCCGUCACCGGAAUUCGCUAUUAGCCGUGCCGAGCUUUGCCUAGCUGCGCUCAGGAGAUUUUUCCGAUUCUCAGCACUCGUGAGUCCUAUCAUUAGGGAACUGGAGGAGUCCAUCGCCAUCUUCUCCGAGCAGCAAAAGAAUAAACGAAACCUUCCUGACGAUCAGUCGGGGGCCGCUGGAUUUAUUCACGUGGCAGCGAACCAGGGGUCAGCUGCGGCAGCAAACGCAACACCUGUUGCGGGAACUCUAUCUGAUGAAACCCAACCAGGCUUCUCAGUAACUACAGCCAACGAGAUAUGCACACCCGAUUCAGGCCCAGCUACUGCACCGGCGAUCAACGGCAACCCCGAAGAGGGUCGGACUCUGCAGAGUGAGAUCCAUCAUCUGUCCUCGCUACAGAGUCAAAACAGAUCGGACGGUCAUUUUUCCGAAGCUGUGCGUGCUCGACAGCGUUUGGCUGUACACAGUCUCUUGCGCCGAGCUGAAUUGUCAAAUAUUGAACGCGACGAUGAAGAGUACCAGAGUUCCCAUAUCGAGGAAGUAACUCCUGGUUCUGGUACACCUCGGCACCCAGCCUUUUCGAUGGGGGACAACCAACACAGUUCUCCUACACGGGGUAACCAUGGCAAUUCUCAAGAGGAGAGACCUCGCCUCGUUGGCGCAUCGACCGCUACAACUGAUGCGACUGCAGGGUCGCAAUCAGCAAACCCCCAUCUGAAAACGAACUCUAUAACCAACAAUCAGCCUACAAAAGAAAAGCUUCGAGCUCAUACGGCCAAGCCUCGUGGCCAAGAGCCAAUGAGCACUCGCAGCCCUGCUGCACCUGGUCUCUUCGCGUGGUGGGCUCCCCAGGACUGGGCAUGGCUCCUGGAAGAUCAACUCACGGAAUUGGGCGCAAGCACGUGA